AUGAAUGCCCAAACAGUGGCUAAGCCCGAUCCGUCAGAGAUCAAGAAAGUUCAGCUAUGCCAGGUCAUCGACUUAAACGCAACACUUGCACCAUCCCACCCCAGAGCAUUGAAAGACCUCGGCCUCUCUCUUGCGAAAACCAAAGGUCUCAAGAGCAAAACGUACUGUGCAAGCGAGCUCCCUACGCUUCUCGAAAAGCUUUUGAUUUCCGAAGAAGAACGUAGUAAAUAGCCUUUCUGACCCGGUCCCAACCACGAGAUACACACGCAGAACUCAAAGUCCUUUUCGACGACUGGUUGACCAGACUGGAUUACUGUUUCUUCGGUGGUUUACUGACCAACUUUAUCACAGAAAUUGACGUUGGGGUUGCGAUGGCACGCUUUCGGACACGGUAGGUCUUUAUUGUCUUCAUCCGAGGAAGAUUUGGAUCUCACCGCCUCCGUUCGAGAAAUUGGGGAAGAAAUUCAAGCUGCAGUCUACCUAUGAGCAGUACAUGAUUUCUGUCAUACUCCACGAGAUGAUCCAUGCUUGUUUUGAUGAGUACGCAUAUAGAGAAGAUUGCUGUGGCUGAAAGGCAGCCGCUGAUGGUGGAUUAGGCGUUUUCGGACAUGUAAGUUAUUCAUUCCUUUCACCACUAAAAUGAGGGGGGCUUGUCUUUUCCAACUGCCCACUUUUGGGCUGCGUAUGAGGAAUGGAAUCGUCAGAAUCAAACUAACAUUGAAUAGGGCCCACCUUUCGCGGAUUAUCUCAUCACCGUGGAAGCUUUUCUAGCUGAUAGUGUCGACUGGCUGGUUGUUAGUAGUGUUGCACCCAGCACUGGCGGUUCCAUGAUCAUGGAAGACUGGCAACUCCGUCUUGAGAAAUUGGAAAAAUGGCUUAUGUCGCCAGCUAAAUCUGCUUCUGGUAGGUGGGAGCAUUUCAGCCACGCGAGGGUUGGAGAUCGAAAAGAUCCGUUAGGCUACGUCACUUUCGAAGCAUCAAUAUCGUGA